AUGUCAGCAAAUUUUUGGAAUUCAACGCAGAGAGAGAAAUGGCAGUUCAAUAGGCAAAGCUUAUUGGACCAGCGACGUAGAUUGUUGAUAUUGGAGAAGAAAAUGAUCCAGAAUGGGUUCAUAAAAGAUUAUCCCAAUAUCAACUAUGAUUCCAAUAUGAGAAUAUAUUUACACAAUUUAAUCAUCAAAUUAGGUAGAAGGUUGAAUAUUAGACAAGUUGCUUUAGCUACAGCUGAAAUCUACGUUACUAGGUUCCUUCUUAAAGUAUCUUUGAAAGAAAUUAACGUUUAUUUGAUGGUCACUACUAGUAUUUAUGUUGCAUGUAAAAUUGAAGAGACUCCCCAACAUAUACGAUUAGUCAUAUCAGAGGCUAGAAAUCUAUGGCCAGAAUACAUCCCUUCAGAUAUUUCGAAAUUAGCAGAGUUUGAAUUCUAUCUUAUCGAAGAAAUGGAUUUAUACUUAUUAUUACACCAUCCAUAUAAGUCAUUGAUUCAAAUUAAAGAUUUCUUGAACGAAAAUUUCGAUGAAUAUCAAUUACAAUUAACAAGUAGUGAACUACAACACAGUUGGUCAUUAUUGAACGAUAGUUAUAUAACCGAUUUACAUUUACUUUAUCCACCCCAUAUUUUAGCGUUGUCGUCAAUUUAUAUUACAAUUGUUUUGAAGAAGACUUUGAAUUCUAUUAGAUCAGAUACAGUAGAAAGUAACGAUAAAGACUUGCAUAUUGAUGAUUUAAUAUCAUUGACCAAUAAUAAUCCUUCAAAUGAAAUCAAUACCAAUUUAGAUUCCAAAUCUGAUGAAGAUACAAUUAAGAUUAACAAAUUCAUGAACUUCUUGAGCAGAAACCAUGUUAAUUUGGAUCAGGUUGUUGAAUCCGUACAAGAUUUGAUAAACCUUUAUGUCAUUUGGAAUAGAUACAAUGAAAGUAAUGUUAAGAAAGCAUUACAAUAUAUGUUAUUGAACAGGUAA